AUGGAAUUGAUUAAACCUGAAGAAUUGUUUAGUGUAUACAUGGCUGGAGAAUAAGGAGCAACUAUAAUUUAAGUAAAUUAUAAGGAGAAAUUAUUAAGAAAGGUGAAUACAAACAUGUUGCCUUGUAGUUUAACGAUGAUCCCAUUAUCAAUUGAUGAAUGGCUGAUUGCACCUAGUAUUGGUAUUAAGGUAUGCAAUACAAACAGAGAUUACAUUUUAUAUGGUAAUGAUAUUGACGUUGUACUGAUGGAAUUCACUCCUUCUUAAGUAACAUAUGCUCUUUGUAUUCCAGUUGAGAAUUGUUAAUGUCUGCAAUAUCGAAUAGAGAUAAUGGUUAGUAUAAAAUUCAAUAAAAAGAUUUGGUAAUUGAUGGAAUAAUCUAACUUUCAUCUAAACUAAAAUCUAGAGUCCAAUUAAUUAAAAACCAAGACAAAGUGA